GCCUUCAAAGCCCUGCGCGACGGCCAUACCAAACACCCAAACCUUGGGCUGGGACCAAACGGUCACUUCCCCGCCCUCCGGGUGCAGUAUGCAAAUCCGAGCACCAGGAAGUAGACGGGACCUCUCGGCCGAGCCCAGAGACAGCCAGUUCCUCUCCCGCCGCGCCGGGCCGCGCCGCCGCUCGCUCCGGGCCGUGGUGCUCCGGGCCCGACGCGCUGCAGCUCCAGCCCGCGGCAGGCGGGGCGGCCGCGCCACCCGGGCCAGAGCCCGCAGCCCUCCCCACGCGGGUCCCCUGGGCUGCCCCGUCGCGCCCCUCCUCUGAACUCGGGUCACCGUGGAGCUCCGCCGCCGCGACCCCGAAACUUUCACUGCGAGCGGGAAAUAUGGGAUGUAUAAAAUCAAAAAGGAAAGACAAUCUGAAUGACGAUGGAAUAGAUUUGAAGACUCAACCAGUACGUAAUACUGACCGAACUAUUUAUGUGAGAGAUCCAACGUCCAAUAAACAGCAAAGGCCAGUUCCAGAAUCUCAGCUUUUACCAGGACAGAGGUUUCAAACUAAAGACCCAGAGGAGCAAGGAGACAUUGUGGUGGCCCUGUACCCCUACGAUGGCAUCCACCCGGACGACCUGUCUUUCAGGAAGGGAGAAAAGAUGAAAGUCCUGGAGGAGCAUGGAGAAUGGUGGAAAGCUAAGUCCCUUUCAACAAGGAGAGAAGGCUUCAUCCCCAGCAACUACGUGGCCAAAGCCAACACCUUAGAGACAGAAGAGUGGUUUUUCAAGGACAUAACCAGGAAGGACGCAGAAAGGCAGCUUCUGGCACCAGGGAACAGCGCGGGGGCUUUUCUCAUCAGAGAAAGCGAAACAUUAAAAGGAAGCUUCUCUUUGUCCGUCAGAGAUUAUGACCCGGUGCAUGGUGAUGUUAUUAAGCACUACAAAAUUCGAAGUCUGGACAAUGGGGGUUAUUACAUCUCUCCACGAAUCACUUUUCCCUGUAUCAGUGACAUGAUUAAGCAUUACCAAAAGCAGUCAGAUGGCUUGUGCAGGAGACUGGAGAAAGUAUGUAUUAGUCCCAAGCCGCAAAAGCCGUGGGAUAAAGAUGCCUGGGAGAUCCCCCGGGAGUCCAUCAAGUUGGUGAAAAGGCUUGGCGCUGGACAGUUUGGGGAAGUCUGGAUGGGUUACUAUAACAAUAGCACCAAAGUGGCUGUAAAAACCCUGAAACCAGGCACCAUGUCCGUGCAAGCCUUCCUCGAAGAAGCCAACCUCAUGAAGACCCUUCAGCAUGACAAGCUUGUGAGGCUCUACGCCGUGGUCACCAGGGAGGAGCCAAUUUACAUCAUCACAGAGUACAUGGCCAAGGGCAGUUUGCUGGAUUUCCUGAAGAGUGAGGAAGGUGGCAAAGUGCUGCUUCCAAAGCUCAUUGACUUUUCUGCUCAGAUCGCAGAGGGAAUGGCAUACAUUGAGCGUAAGAACUACAUCCACAGGGACCUGCGAGCAGCUAACGUGCUGGUCUCUGAGUCACUUAUGUGCAAAAUUGCGGAUUUUGGCCUUGCCAGAGUGAUUGAAGAUAACGAGUACACAGCAAGGGAAGGUGCUAAGUUCCCUAUCAAGUGGACAGCUCCAGAAGCCAUCAACUUUGGAUGUUUCACUAUUAAGUCUGAUGUGUGGUCCUUUGGAAUUCUCCUCUAUGAAAUCGUCACCUAUGGGAAAAUUCCCUACCCAGGGAGAACUAAUGCCGACGUGAUGACCGCCCUGUCCCAGGGCUACAGGAUGCCCCGUGUGGAGAACUGCCCAGAUGAGCUCUAUGACAUUAUGAAAAUGUGCUGGAAAGAAAAGGCAGAAGAGAGGCCAACGUUUGAUUACUUACAGAGCGUCCUGGAUGACUUCUACACCGCCACGGAAGGACAGUACCAGCAGCAACCUUAGAGCACAGAGGAACCUGUGUGCUAGGCCCAGGGUGGCUGCCUCACUCAGAGAGGAAAAGUAACGAUGGCGGGUUGCACUGAUUAUCUCCUGCGCAGGGAUGAUCUGCCACGCCUAUCCUGAAUGUAGAGGCUAAAUUACUCAGGAAGAACACCCUGUAAAUGAGAAAGUAUUCUGUUCUCUUAGACUGAUGCCCCAGCGAGCCGCAGCUUGGACUGAUCCUCAGCUGUAAUCUCGCUUUGCUUGACCAAUUCUGAAUACAGCCUCCUGAGAGGAAAGCACCUAUUCUCUCCAAAAAUGCACCUAACUGGCCCUAAAUUUGCAAUUGGACGUGUGACUUAAAGAUUCAGAGACCAUUGCAAUGAAUCCCCAGUAGAAGCAGAACUAAACCCAUUUAUAAAACUAAAAUAACCAUAGCAUGUCACCUCUUUGUAUUUUCUCUAUGCUUUGGCUUACUUGUUAAAAACAAUUACUAAUCCAACCUAUCAGAUUUUGCAGGUGAAGUCAGCAGCUUAAAAAUGUAUUUCUCAGAGUUCAGUGGCUUAUUUUUUCCCCACCCCAACCCCUCCCCACGCAACCUGAGACUGUCAAACGUUGCCUUCCGUGGCCACCGCUCGGGCCACUUGGCGCGCAGCAGCGCAUGGCAUCUCUCUCCUCCAGCGGGGCGACCGUCACCCGCGAGCACGCACAGCUGCCGCUGCGUGCAGCCUGGACCUCGGGGCUCGCCCAGACCUCCCGGGAGCAGAGCCCAGAAACUGCUCUACCUUAAGAAGUAAUGUUUUUAACAGUCCAGCUCUUUCAUUUCCACAAUUUCCUAUAUCCAGACUUUUUUGACAAUGUAGUUUGGAAGAAGAGUAAGAUUCUAAUCUCUGCAGAACCUUAUAGGGCCUUUUAAAACAUAAGAAUUUCCUUUGUUGCUUCAAAAGAUUUGAACAUUAUUUUCAGAAUCAAAUAUUAAUUUUAGUUGUACUUUAGAGAGAUAAAAUGCCAUAUUUGGGGCUAUUUUUGUGAUUCAGCAAUCUUUUCUAAAUCGUGCAAGAUGUGUGAGACUAUUUAUACUCAAGGAUAUGAAGGAAAGUGAGUGACUACAGAGGCCCUAAUGAGCCACAAUGGCAGGAAACUCAACAGGUUUUGUUUACUAAAUUUUUCUACUGUAAGCUUUGAAUGGAAACUGCUAUAUCACAUUAUGUUUCACUUAUGCUGUUGUGUAUAUACCUAAUAUUUCUAUUUUUUGAUUUUAUUUUAAUACACCUGGCCCAAUAACAUUUCAAGCUUUUUACUUGUGUUUAUAUUCUUAACUGUUUUCAGUGUAAAAGUGAUUACCAAACUGGGAGGGAAUGAGAGGUGUUUCCACAGAGCUACACGUUUAAACUUGUGCAAGUUCUACCUCCAUGCUUUGAUCAUUUCAGAUUGGAGAACUGAGGCGUUGGUGGCCUGGACUCCUGGAUGACCCUUUGUGGGGACCAAGCAGGAUUUGUUUUCCAAAAGGUUUAGCAGCACCAUGAAAAUUUCAUUUGGUAUGUUUUGUUUAGACUCCAGGUGAUUAGGGAAAGGGAUAAAAUAUUCCAAUUUUCUCUACAUUCUUACUACUUUUCCUAUGUGAUAUUUUUAAAUGUUCUUUCUAAAAUAUUCUAAAAUUCUUGAUUCACAAGUGCCAUAAUCACAAAGAUGGAAUGUAAUGUCUGCACAACUGGCCACUUGAUUCACAGCGGAAAGUUUUCUACAUACACCUCCAUGCUCACAUUUUAUAUCAGAACCAUGCAUAUUAUCCAGUAUGUCCCCUGAAGAGGACGCGUGAAGAAUCCCUAAGGCAAAACGAAGGGUCUAGAAAGUGUAUCUUCACCUUGUCUUGCUUCUUCCCAUUCUGCUUCCUUUCGCUGUUCUCCAUUUGACUUCCCCGCCCAGGGAAGCACGUGCUCCUCCCCUGCUCGGGCUCCUUGGUCAGCACGUGCUGAAGCCACAUGUUCGCUCCUCGGCCUGUGAGCACAGGCUCUGACCUUGGCCCUGGGAUUCCUGCUCCCCAUGACUGACGGGCAUAACGAGGGGCCCAGCAGCGUUUGUAUCACCUCAGGGUUCUCCGAUGGUUGCAUAGCAGCUUAGUCACCACACCUGAGUAGAAGGGGCCGCUUGGGGCUUCUGUCGCCCCUCCACGCGUGCCUCCCUGGGUUGUGUGGAAUCUCAUUGCAGAGUCUCUCUAAUGAGCCACCGGAAAGGCAGGCUGCCCAAGGCCCCUUCUGAGGACAAUACGCUGCGCGGGAGCCGGCAGUGCUGUGCCAAGAGUGCACAAAGAGUUAAUACAAGGAGAGCCUCUGGUUCUCUGCCUACACAGUGGGCAGACCAAGGGCCCUGAAACAGCCAUAAUUAUAAACUCGUUUCCCAGUCUGCCUGUGGGGCCUGCUUCUCUUUGUUCUUCCCUCACUCUCACAAACUACCUCCAGGGCAGUAGCUGCCAAAACGUACUUGACAUGAAAACCCAGCCUCUGUAUAUUCAACCGAAUUAAGAGAAAUGCUGGUGCUGCGGUUGCUGCCCAGCUCUUCUGGUUACAACUGCCCAUUCUGCGGCCAGCUGGUGGAUGUUUCCUGCAUUCUUAGCCAAGAGCAUCUCACCUCCCACCUUUCCUCUUAGCAUCUCCCUCUGUUGUCUACUUCUGCCUGGUAGAGGAGACUCUAGUUCUCUGUCUCCUACAUUUUGGCUCCGUGAGAUUUGUAGAUGAGUGAAGAUGAGCCUCGCAGUUCUUCCUGAUAGGAAUGGUGGUUAUGAACACACGAAGAUACCCAUACACCCAUCAUUUACUCAGGGCUCUCUUGUGCUUUGGCACAUUAUAAAAAUUAUUGCUAUUCUCAACAUAGUAUUCCUGGCAAAAAAAAUAAAAUAAGAAACAGUUAUCGCUGACUCACACAGCCCUGGAAGAUGUGGACAGUGCUAUCACUAUUGCACAGCUGAGAGGGCAGGUGCAGUUAAAGCCUCAGAACAAAUUGGCUUCACUUCAUAUUGUUUCCUUGUGAAAUAAAACCAAUGAAAUACCUUUGUA